GGUGACGCGAUUCUGUGUGUCACAACUUUCCUGAAGCGGUUUGGUGAAAGGUCUUGUGAAGGUUUUACAAUGAAAACCCCGCACAAUGGAGCAGGACUGAGGAAGCAGACGCAGAAGCGUGCAAGCAGAAAGUCCCUGAGACCCACCAAGGCUUAUUGCAUCUACAUUUACAAGCUGAACAAGUCCAGCCCGGCUGUGAAGGACACCGUCGCGGUACCCGGAUGGCUGUGCACGCGCGUCGGGACGGAAGCCGCGCGCCUCGCGAAGUUCAACCGGCGCGGCACGAUCACGCAGCGCGAGGUGUGCUGCGCUGUGCGCGCGCUGAGCAAGGUCACGCGGAGGACGACAGCGCACGCGCUCUGACCCUCAAUAGAUUUUUAUUUUAUUUUUCUAAUUUUUAACUUUUUUUUUUUUUU